GUUUUCCUUGUGAAUUGAGUAGUAGUAGAAUAGAAUAGAAUCUGCGCAGCUGCUGACUCUCUCAUCAAAUAUCUCUCGCCUUAGUCCUCGGCGUCGUCGAUCAAAUCGAUCUCUUCACAAAAUCAUCCAUCAGCGACUGAACAAGCUUUAUAAGCUAUCUUCACUCAUGACGCUUGGCUCAGGAGGAUCCAGUGUCGUGGUCCCUCGAAAUUUUAGAUUGCUAGAGGAACUUGAACGUGGAGAAAAAGGUAUUGGAGAUGGAACUGUGAGCUAUGGAAUGGAUGACGGAGAUGAUAUUUACAUGCGUUCUUGGACUGGCACCAUUAUUGGUCCUCACAAUUCUGUCCAUGAAGGUCGCAUUUAUCAGUUGAAGUUAUUUUGCGACAAGGAUUAUCCUGAGAAGCCACCAAGUGUUCGUUUUCAUUCUCGGAUCAACAUGACCUGUGUUAACCAUGAAACUGGAGUGGUGGAACCCAAAAAGUUUGGGCUUCUGGCGAAUUGGCAACGGGAAUACACCAUGGAAGACAUACUGACACAGCUGAAAAAAGAGAUGGCAGCACCACACAACCGUAAGCUCGUCCAGCCUCCGGAAGGGACCUACUUUUAGCAUAAAGGCUUUAUAGUUCUUGUUGGCCAAAUGCAGAUCUUAUAGUUGGUAAUGCUGUGGUGAGCCUAAAUAGGAAAGGAACGUCUCAAGAAACUUCUGUUGACUCUCCAAUUCCUAUUCAUCUCUUUCUUUGGCUGUCCUAUUCUGUAAACUGCUCUGCUGAAUGUUGUUCGUUGAUGGGAUCGUAACUGUGUGCCAAUUAUAAAUACUACUUCAUUGAAUUUUGCGUUGCCUUAUUAA